UCUCUGUAGGUUUUUUUAACCUCUUUAUUUAGUCUUUAGGCGGUUAUUCAUGGACGCUCAUCUCUUAAUAGUCAUAUUUCCGACAACACGUUAACCCGGCAGCGUUUGACAGGAGGCUGUCCUCGGCUAGCUGAGCUAGCCAUCCAGAGCGAGCUAAACAACGAGUACAAAUCUUCUGCAUUAACUGUAGGAGAAGUUAUCGGUAUUGUGUUUGUGUGGCUCCCCUGCCCCCCUCAGGUCAGAGCUGAGGGUUGGGGUCAGGUCUUGAGCUAAAUGUCACACAGUCCUGGUGAGAAGGGGGGUCUAUCUCAGGCUGCCCCAACCGUCAACGCCCAGGACCUGUUUGACAGCCCUGCUCAGACUGUGUCACCAGUGAACACACCUGGGGAUCAGGUGUCGCCUGUGGUGGAUGGGGCCUCUCCUUCUUCCACUUCGUCCUUCGAGAUGCUUGACAUGGAGUCUGUCCCAGCUCCCUACCAAGAAGUACGGCCUCACUGGUUCUUCUGUCGACGGGCUGAUGACAACACCUGCUGGCUUCCUUUCAGCAGAGAAGACUCUGAUAAACUAGAGAAUGCCUACAUCACUGGAGACAAGGAGGAGGAGGUAGUGGUAGCUGUUGAUGGAGAGCGGUAUGAUGUACAUGUCAAGGAGAGAAAGCGCUACGCUGUGUACUGGGAGCAAGCUCCCACUGAAGUCCGCCGCUGCACCUGGUUCUACAAAGGAGAUAAAGACACCAGGUUCAUGCCGUACCCUGAAGACUUCGGCAAAAAUCUGGAGGAUGCUUAUAUGAUAUCAGUGACUCUAGACGAGUGGAAGAGAAAGCUGGAGUUUCCCACAGGAGAGACGGUCAUUUUACACAAUCCCAAGUUGAUAAUGCAGUAUCAGCCAAUCGGUUUGCAGGAUGAAUGGGUCUCCUCGCCCUCUGAGCAAACUCGCCCUCGAACAGUCAAGAGGGGAGUAGACAACAUCCCUGUAGAAAUACCAGAUGGUGAACCAGAAAAGGUGGACCACCUUGUCUUUAUGGUCCACGGCAUCGGCCCUGCAUGUGACUUGCGCUUCAGAUCCAUCAUACAGUGUGUGAAUGACUUCAGGAGUGCUUCCCUGUCCCUCCUGGCCUCUCAUUAUAAGCAUGCUCAGCAGGAAGGCAAAGUGGGCAGAGUCGAGUUCCUCCCAGUCAACUGGCACAGCGCUUUGCAUGGGGAUGCCACUGGUGUGGAUGAGGACAUCCAGAGGAUCACUCUGCCAAGCAUCAGCAGGCUCAGACAUUUCACCAACGACACCCUGCUGGACCUGUUUUUCUAUAACAGCCCCACCUACUGCCAGACCAUAGUUGACACCGUAGCCUCAGAGAUCAACAGACUGCACGCUCUCUUUAAACAGAGACACCCAGAGUUCGCUGGGGCAAUUUCAGUCGUGGGACAUAGCCUGGGUUCGCUGAUCUUGUUUGACAUGCUGACUAAUCAGAGGACUGGUUUAGAAUCCACCAGAGACGGGGUGCUCUCUGAUGAGCCCUGCCGUCUGAACCGUGACACGCUGGAGCAGACGCUGACCAGACUGGGCCUACAGCAAUACCUGUCUACACUACAAGCAGAAAACCUAGACCUGGAAUCACUGGCUCUUUGCCAAGACAGUGAUCUCAAAGAUUUAGGAAUUCCUCUCGGACCUCGGAAGAAGAUCCUGAACUACGUCAGGAGGAAAUGGCUUCCAGAGGGUUGUAAAGCAAUGCGUCUGGCACCAGGGCUGCAAGUUCAACCUCAAGAUUUUUUAGCCAGUGAUCACGAUGGUAACCAGUCUUCAGGACUGGCGAUGCAGCAGUCCCAGUUCCACAGAGCCCAGUCUGUCACCAGUGCUGUAGACUAUGAAUACUUCGACGUGGGCAUCGGACAGGUAUCUAUUGAUUACCCACAGUUGGCAUUCCAGCCGCAGACUUUUUUUGCUUUUGGCUCUCCCAUUGGAAUGUUUCUGACCGUCCGUGGGCUUAAACGCAUCGAUCCCAACUACACCUUCCCAACCUGCAAGAGUUUUUACAACAUCUAUCAUCCGUAUGACCCUGUCGCUUAUCGGAUAGAGCCCAUGAUUGUUUCAGAAGUGGACUUGGAGCCAAUGCUAAUCCCUCACCAUAAAGGCCGCAAGAGGAUGCACCUGGAACUAAAGGACAGCUUGACCCGUAUGAGCAUGGAUUUGAAGAAUAACGUAUUGGGAUCAUUGCGCACGGCGUGGCAGUCCCUUGCCAGACUACCCGUUGCUGCUCUGCCCCCAGUGGAGGAAGGGGAAACCACAAUAGAGAGAAACCUUCAAGAGGCACAGGCCUCAGCGGCAGUCACUGCUUCUGCUAAGAGGGGAGAGAAAAGUGCUGACUUUUGGACUAAAAUACUGGAGUGGCCCAGGGCCCUUCAUAAACAUUACUUCCAAGCAGUGUGUGAGGAGGCAGAGCCCUCAGUGUCCGAGGAGCAGCCAGAGCAGCCAGAGAUUAAAGUGGGGAUGUUGAAUGGAGGACGAAGGAUCGACUUUGUACUUCAGGAAAAACCCAUUGAGAGCUUCAAUGAAUACCUGUUUGCUAUCCAGUCUCAUCUGUGUUACUGGGAAUCUGAGGAUACAGCUCUGCUGCUGCUGAAGGAGAUCUAUGACAAGCUGGGCGUGGCCUUUGAACAGCCACAACAGUAAUCAAAGUUUUGUGACUGUAAACUCGCUUUUUAACACAACAAUAAAAGUGAGAAAAUGAAGGACAGCUGACAGAGCCAGAGGCUGCACAAUCCUCUUCCAGAAUGCCUUACCGUCUGAGUGUUACCUGACCACACCGCCCUCUCCUCCUCCAGCAGUCGAGCCUGUUUGGCUGCAGUCAGGUGAUCUUGGUUCAGAUAUGUCAGUCAUCAUUCAUCUGAGGUAUCAGUGGCUUCUUGGUGUUGCCAAAACUCCUACUACAGGACUGGGUCCACAUUAACAUGACUGUCAUGCUUCUUGUUGCACUUUUCUGUCUUUUUGAAUGAUUCUUUAUUUUACUUUACUUUGCACUUUCACUCUCCAACAGUUAUUGACAUAUCAUGUGUACAGCUGCAGCUGCAUAAUGUGGAAAAAAAUAGUUUGAAAAAAACAAACAGGUUGUCUAAUUAGGAAAUCAAACUGGAAUUUAUUAUGCAUUUCCCAAAACAGGAAGUGUCAUAAAGUCUAGUAAUUGCUGCAGCAGUUUACACUUUUCAGAAAAUUAAAAAAAAUCCCUGAUAUAAUUAAAAUAGUAGAUGAUUAUAUAUAUUGCUAUAUUGCUUAUUGCCCAGCCUUAUGUACAGCCUGCUCUUAUGUUUGUUCAACAGAGGUCUCUUGAUGAAGGAAGCUUUCCCUUAGCCUUAUAUUAGAUCUUACCUUUAUAAAUGUCCUUUAAUCAGGUCAGGUGGUUUCUUUUGGGCGACUAUAAGAUGUUUUGUGUCUAAUUAGUAAAAAUGAAGGUUAAUAUUUUGUCUGUUACGAGUUUCCUGGCAGCUACAUUCUUUCUGACAAAAUUAAGGCCACUUGAAACCCGAAGCUGCUGCUGCUUCAACACGUGUGCAAUGUAGCAAUAAUGUUGAAGUCGCACCUUUUUCACCUGAAUCAUGUAUUUCAGUUCGAUUACAUUUACACAUUAAUCUGAAAGAAGUAAACCUGAAGAAGAAUUGAAAUGAAGGACAGAAACGCAGGAGCUUGAAAGGACACUGAGUGUGUGUGUGUGCGUGUGCGUGUGUGUGCGUGUGUGUGCGUGUGAGUGCGUGUGAGUAUAUAACAGUGUGCAAACUGAACAGCAAGGCCAGUAACACUUUCUCCCCGCAGGUCCAGGUGCCAUUCCUCUUUUACCACUAUCUUCUUUCCCCUCUUUUGCCAUUAACCCACAUUUGAUCUGGCUGUAAGUUCAUAACAGUGGUACAUUUUUUAUUCAAAUUAAUUCCAAGACAGACUGACAUUUCACAUAGACAUCUCCACUUUUGAAAAAUCUUAAGGGCCAAAUCAUGUUUCUCUCCUCUGUUCCUUUGUAUCAAGAUAUUACAAAAUUAUCUUUUCUGUCUGUAUCGCACGCAUGUCUUUGUUAUGUUAGAGCUGAGUUUCUCAACAUCUUCUGUUCUUGACCCAGUUUUUAGGUCCCAGUAUUUUCAUAAUUUCAUAAAUGGACCCAGCAAUAAGAGAGUUGUCACAUUGUCAUAUUAACUUGACAUGAAGAGCAUGAUAAAUAGAUUAUAUAGAAAUAUGUGUUUCAAAGCUAAUCAAUUUAUUUUAUACAAAAUAUCUAACAAAUAUGAAUAUAUCAGUAUUAUAAAUAUCCCCAGUCUGCACCUUCACCUUCAACCAAAGUUGAGAAACUCUGUUAAACAGAAGUAACUUUUGAACUGACUCAUAUGUUAUGCACUGUCAGAGCGUCAUAGCCCCCAGCUCUGAAGCUUUGAAUGACCUGCAUCUCAGCCGGGGGUGUAACAUCCGCACAAUUAAUGAAUGAGCCUGAAUGGGGUUGUUCAUUUUUCCUCUCUAGAAAUGCACUGAACACUAAAUGAUCAUGUUGGAGUUUACUAGGACAUUGCCAUCUCCACAGUUUAUGUAAUUUUUAGUGUCUACACAGAUCUAAAAAACUUUGUGGUUUCUUCCGUACUCCUUACCAUAAUGCUCUUGAUGCUAAUAUGUUGAUACACACCAAAAAAACCCCCAGUUGUUCUCCUUUAUAAUUACAUACCCUAUUAAUAUGGUUACAUGUUGUGUGUGCCAUAAUAAAACAUUACAAAUG